UGAUUAAAUACUCUUUAAUAUAAAAUAUGUUUAAAUCAAAUUUUGAAAAGAGUUUAGAUAACGCCACCAGUCAUUUACGUUUGGAACCGGAUUGGCCAACAAUUUUGUCAAUUUGUGAUGAAAUCAAUCAGAAAGAUGUGAAUCCAAAAACUGCAUUUACUGCAAUCAAAAAGAAAAUGAAUUCACCAAAUCCGCAUUCGGCGUGUUAUGCACUUUUGGUACUGGAGAGUGUCGUAAAGAAUUGCGGCACACCCGUCCAUGAGGAAAUUUUCACUAAAGAAAAUUGUGAAAUGUUCAGUCAAUUUUUGGAGCAAACACCGCACGAGAAUGUGCGACAGAAAAUGCUAGAAUUGGUGCAGACUUGGGCAACGGCCUUUCGUUCGUCUGAAAAAUAUCAAGCGAUAAAGGAUACUAUGACAAUAUUAAAAACUAAAGGACAUUCAUUUCCUGAAAUAAAAGAAGCGGACGCUAUGUUCACUGCUGACACGGCGCCAAAUUGGGCGGACGGCAAGGUUUGUCACAGGUGCCGCAAAGAGUUUAGUGUACUCAUACGUAAGCAUCAUUGUCGUAAUUGUGGUCAAGUUUUCUGUGGCGAUUGCACUGCCAAACAGUGUCCACUGCCGAAAUACGGUAUUGAAAAAGAUGUGCGCGUUUGUGAUGUGUGCUAUACUGCAUUGCAACGUCCUCAAGGCAAACAAUUAUCACGCACCACGGAUAGUGAAUUGCCGGCCGAGUAUGUAAAUAGUUCGUUGGCUCAGCAAGUACAGACACCACCACGAAAAACAGAACAAGAACUUAAGGAGGAAGAGGAACUUAAUUUAGCUAUUGCUUUAAGUCAAUCCGAGGCGGAACAGAAAAAGCAACAACAACAGCAUCAAACAUUCAAUGCUACUGCAUAUCGUUUACAGCAGCGUUCACCUAGUCCAGAACCAACUGUUCUACAACAAGAAGAAACUAAUCCUGAUUUGGCAAAAUAUCUAAAUCGUAAUUAUUGGGAACAUCGUAAAGUCAGUGAUUCACCUGUAGCAAGCCCAUCAGCUCCAAGUCCAAUGCCAACACCGCAACCUCAGCUGCAACCUAUGCUGCAAAAGAAUGCAGAUGAAGCACAGUUGGAUGAGUUUGUCGCAAAUAUGCGAAAUCAGGUUCAGAACUUUGUAAAUCGCAUGAAAUCAAAUUCAAGUCGUGGUCGCAGUAUUACAAACGAUUCCUUUGUGCAAUCACUCUUCAUAACCCUGACAUCACUACAUUCGCAACAACUAUCUUAUAUCAAAGAAAUGGAUGAUAAGCGUAUGUGGUAUGAACAAUUGCAGGAUAAAUUGGGGCAAAUAAAAGAUUCACGUGCUGCUCUCGAUGUGCUGCGUCAGGAACAUGCUGAGAAGAUGCGUCGCAUUGCCGAAGAACAAGAAUUGCAGCGGCAAAUACAAAUGGCACAGAAAUUAGAAAUAAUGCGUAAAAAGAAACAGGAAUAUCUACAAUACUCACAGCAAUUAGCUUUACAAAGGAUCCAAGAACAGGAAAGGGAAAUGCAAAUGAGGCAGGAACAACAAAAAGCUCAAUAUCUAAUGGGUCAAACAGCAUUUCCAUUUAUAGCCUCAGGUGGUGUCAAUAAUAGUGGUGUACAUAGCUCACCAUCUCAUCAAUUAAAUAAUGCCUACAAUACUUAUGGGUUCAAUCCGAAUUCACCUGGACCAAUGGCAAGUGGACAAUUCAAUUUAUCACAACAAAUGCCCACAUCUAUGGCAGCUAGCGGUGGAAUGACUACAGCAACUUCAGGUGUUACAUUACCAGGUGCAACAAGGCCAACACCAUUGCCUGGCAUGUAUACCGGAAAUAUGUUACCAAAUUCAAAUCAACAUGCUGGUAUGAUGUUACCCUCAAUGCCGAGUAUGCCAGGUGGUAUGUUGCCCACAAAUGGUAAUAUGAUGCCAAGUGGAGCUGUGGGUAUGGGUAUUAUGGGCGAACAUGCUUUUCAGGGUCAAGCAAAUUCGUUCCCACAAGGCUUACUCCAAACUCAACAACAACAACAACAGCAGCAACAUGUUGCCAAUAAUCAACAACAGCAACAUGUUGCCAAUAAUCAACAGCAGCAACAUGUUGCCAAUAAUCAACAACAGAACGUACAACCGUCUCAUCAAAAUCCUCAACUUGCGCAUGUCAUGUUGCAACAUCAAAAUGUGAUACAAACUCAACCGCCGAUAGCGACACCGCCGAAUCAAAUGCCACCAGCACCGGUUGGUGGUGGCAUUGCGCCACAAACUAAUACAGCAAAUGCGCAGGUACAGGCAAUUGCUGCUGCACCAGCACCACCACAAACCGAACUUGAGCCUGUGUCUGCUGCCGUUCCAGAGGAACCAGCAACAGCUGAACUUAUUAGUUUCGAUUAAAUUUUUUAUUCAUUUAUACAAUAAUUAUUAACGUAUUCUAAUCAAGUGUGAAACUUAAUCAUUGAUAUAUUUUAUUUUCUUUAUAACAAAUUUCAAACAAAACUAUUCCAUUCCUUUUUGACGUGAUGGCAAUAUUUUUAUAAACGUCGAAGGUAUACAUAUAUAUAUAUAUAGAAACAUAAUGUAAUGGACGACUUGUGUAAAUUCGUUUGU